AUUUUAUUGUAUCAGUUAAGUGCGAGCGAUAUUCAAAUUGUGUGCGUUUUUAGGCGAGUCCAUCCCCAUCCGGCUUUUCCUGGCUGGCUAUGACCUGACUCCCACGAUGCGAGACAUCAACAAGAAGUUCUCGGUGCGCUACUACCUAAAUCUGGUGCUGAUCGACGAGGAGGAGAGACGCUACUUUAAACAGCAGGAAAUUACACUAUGGCGGAAAGGCGACGUGGUGAGGAAGAGCAUGUCCCCCCAGGCCGCCAUCGCCUCCCAGCGCUACGAGGGCUCGGCUGCCUCGGAGAGUGCAUUGGAGCAGUGUGCCAAGGAGGACAACGGAUAUGAGCCUCGCCUUCGACUGGACCGGGGGUCUCCGUGAGGCCAUGUCCGCCAUUCCCAGGGAAGAGGAUUAAGGGAGACUGGACUAGAUUUAUCCCUCCUUGCUUUGUUGUUUUUUUGUUUCUUGACGGAAAUCAAAGUAAAUCAGCGAUUAUAAUUCCUGGGACUUUCACGCUAACGCCAUUCAGUGUGUACUUAAUGGUUUAAUGGCAACUAAUUUAGAACUUUGAACAAGCAACAUUCCAGUUAUGAAGAACUCCGAAAUGUGAAAUGCACGCAGGUGUUGUCCAAGGAGUGUGGAUGUGUAAAUAAGAGCAGUUCAAGUCAGCAUUCCGGCAGUAUUAUUUGCCUGCCACGUCCUAGUGUUUAGUUUGGUUAGACACAUGCAAGUGUCUUCCUGCCUCUAAACAUGAUUUUAUGUCUUUUAAAGCAGAGAAGAGUGAAGUUAGAGCUAUUUAGAUCUUUUUGCAAAGCGCUUAUGACUGAUUCAUUGUGCCCAAAUUGUCAAAUAAACUGAUGCCAAAUG